ACAGUUCAGCCUCAGCCAUCAACAAGUAACCAUGAAAACCUUUAUAAUUUUGCUGGUGGCAGCAUUGGCUGCUGGUCAACGAUUUCAGCAGACAGUUCCUGACGUCGCUGUGAAACUUGCUGGCGCAGGUUUCUUCCAAAAGGGCGGCUCAUUCUCCAGUUCCAGUGCUAGUAGCUUCCAGAGGAACAAUGGAUUCCAGAAUUCAGGAUUCGGCAGUAAUUCACAGUCCACUUUUUCAUCUGGGAACGUCGCUAGCAGCAACUUCUUUACUCCUAGCAGCAAUGGCGUCAGUUCCAGUGGACGCUUCCAAUCAGGCUCACAGGGCUCUGGAUUCGGGUCCAGCUUCUCAUCAACCUCUUCAGCUGGCAGUGGACAACUCCAGUCUGAUUCAACAGGUAGUAGUGGGUUUGGAUCUGGUUCAUCUGGUGGAAGGUUCUCAUCAGGCUCAACUGGCAGUGGCUUUGGAACUAACUCAUUGAGUGGUAGUUCUUUUGGAAGUGGAUCCCAAUUUGGUUCAACAGGAUCAUCAGGCAGCAAUGGGUUUGGGUUUGGUUCCUCAAGGGGAUCUGGAAUACAGUUUGGUUCUUCUCUUGGCAGUGGAAUUCAGUCUGGUUCUCAGACUUCUUCUGGAAAUAGCGGCAAUUUCCAAUCCAGUACAUUUGGCAGUAACACUGUAAAGCUCUCCACAGGUGGCAGCACAAUUGGAUCUGGUUCUUCCCUCAGCAGUGGAUUUGGAUCUGGCUCUUCCACUGGUCAGUUCCAGUCAGGCUCAUCAAGCGGUAGUGGUUUUGGGUCUGGUUCCCUCAGCAGUGGUUCUGGUUCUAGCUUAUUCAGCAGUGGAUCUGGUUCUUCCCUCAGCAGUGGAUUUGGGUCUGGUUCUUCCCUCAGCAGUGGAUCUGGUUCUUCCCUCAGCGGUGGAUUUGGGUCUGGUUCUUCCCUCAGCAGUGGAUCUGGUUCAAGCUCCUUCAGCAGUGGAUCUGGUUCAAGCUCCUUCAGCAGUGGAUUUGGGUCUGGUUCCCUCAGCAGUGGAUUUGGAUCUGGUUCUUCCAGUAGUCAGUUCCAGCCAAGCUCAUCAAGUGGUAGUGGAUUUGGGCCUGACUCUUCCCUCAGCAGCGGAUCUGGUUUUAGCUCCUUCAGCAGUGGAUUUGGGUCUGAUUCUGGCUCCUUCAGCAGUGGAUCUGGUUCUUCCAGUGGACAAUUCCAAUCAGGUGAUAGUGGAUUUGGAUCCAGCUCUUCUGGUGGUCAAUUCCAGUCAGGUUCAUUGAGUGGAUCUGGAUUUGGAUCUUCCAGUGGAAGCACCAGUGGAUUUGGGUCUUCACUGAGUAGUGGAUUCCAGUCUGGAUCAUCUGGUUCUGGAGUUUCUUCAAUUUCUUCCCUUGGCAGUGGAUCACAAUCUAGUUCUGCAUUUGGUUCCAGUUCCUCUCUUGGCAGUGGAUUCCAGCCAGGCUCAUCAUCUGGAUCUGGAAUUAGCUCUAUUUCCUCCCUUGAUAGUGGAUUCCAAUCUGGUUCUGGAUCCCAGUCUGGUUUCUCAUCUAGUUCUGCAUUUGGUUCCACUUCCUCUCUUGGCAGUGGAUUCCAACCUGGAUUAUCUUCUGGUUCAGGAAUUGGCUCCACUUCCUCCCUUGGCAGCGGAUUCCAAUCUGGUUCAAGUUCUGGAUCCCAGUCUGGUUUCUCAUCUGGAUCUGGAUUUGGAUCAAGCUCUUCUCUCGGUGGUGGAUUCCAGUCUGGUUCAUCAUCUGGUUCUGGUAUUAGCUCCACUUCUUCCCUUGGCGGUGGAUUCCAAUCUGGUUCUGGAUUUGGUACAGGUGCUGGAUCCCAAUCUGCUUUCUCAUCUGGUUCUGGAUUUGGUUCAGGUUCUGGAUCCCAAUCUGGUCUGUCCUCUGGAUCUGGAUUUAGUUCUGGUUCCUCCCUUAGUAGUGGAUUCCAAUCUGGUUCAUCUGGUGCAGGAUUUGGAUCAAGUUCUUCCCUUGGUGGUGGAUUCCAAUCUGGUUCAUCUGGUGCAGGAUUUGGAUCAAGUUCUUCCCUUGGUGGUGGAUUCCAAUCUGGUUCAUCUGUUGCAGGAUUUGGAUCAAGUUCUUCCCUUGGUGGUGGAUUCCAGUCUGGUUUAUCUGGUUCUGGUUUUGGAUCAGGUUCAAGUGGAUUUGGAUCAGGAUCCUCAAUCAUCAGUGGUUCCUCUUUCGGAAGUGGAUUCCAAGUUGAACCUUUGCCAGCUGAUGGAGUGUUUGAGCCUCUGAAUCUCCCAGCUGGAGCCUCUCAACUACUGGGAAGAGUCUCAACCUCCUACUCCUGCCUUAACCGUCCCUACGGAUAUUACGCUGAUGAAGAAAACUCAUGCCGUGUUUUCCAUAUUUGUUACCCAGCUCGUUUCUCUACUGGUGCCAUCGAAACCUAUCAGUACAGCUUCUUGUGCGGUGAGGGAUCUGUAUUCGAUCAAAAGGAACUCACCUGCAAGGUACAAGCUGAUGCUAUCCCAUGCCAGGAAUCCUCCAGUUACUACUACACAAAUGAGCAGUUCGGUCGCCCUGAAGAAAAAUCGCAAUAAGUCUGCUGAAGACGACUUUUCUGCCGAGACAACGAAUGUAUAUUUAUAUAAUACCAAAUAAAGUUUAAGUAUUA